UCUUUGCGGAUACACACACAAGAAUGAAGCUUGAAGGGGAGGAGAGCAAACAGAAGGAGGAGGCAGAAGAGCAAACAAGGGCACAACAGGUUCCUUCUCUGACACACACUCUGGCGGGAGAGCACAGAGGAGCAAACUGAAGAACAUCUUACUUUCUUGGGCCCACAGAACACCAGCUAAUCUCUAGUCCCAGCAAGCGCCAAUGAGAAAGCAGCUAUAGCCACUAUGCUUCAUUUCUUCUGUUCACGUUUGGGCCUUUUCUUCUUCCUCUCACUGAUUUGCAAAUGUACUUCCAAAAACGACACUCUGGUAGUCACCAGCAGCGGCCCUAUUAAAGGCAAAGAAAUAUUGACUGGAUCCGGUCCUGUGGCUGCCUAUCUGGGCAUCCCCUAUGCCGAACCCCCAGUGAAGAAACUCCGUUUCCAAAAGCCCGUUCCGCAUCAGCCAUGGAGUGAGGUAUUGGAGGCCACCAGCUUUGGCAAUUCUUGUCCCCAGACCUAUGUUUCGGGCCUUCCUGAUAAAGACAUCUGGGUUGCCAAUACACCUCUUUCAGAGGACUGUCUCUUUCUUAACAUCUGGGUGCCCCACCCACGACCCUCAGCACCGGUGGCUGUCCUUGUAUGGUUCCAAGGUAUGGGCUUUAUCACUGGCACAGCCUCUCUAGAUAUCUACGAUGGAGCGAUCUUCUCUGCUACUGAGAAUAUCAUAGUGGCUUCCAUGAAUUAUCGCUUGGGGGCUCUGGGGUUCUUAUAUUUGCCGCCAUAUGCCCCAGGAAACAUGGGCUUGUGGGACCAACAUUUGGCCCUGAAGUGGCUGAAGGAGAACAUAGAUGUCUUUGGUGGUGAUCCAGCCCGGCUGACUCUUGUCGGGCAAAGUGCAGGAGCAGCUUUAGUGGGUUGCCAUCUCCUCUCCCCUCUGAGCCAGCCCCAUUUUGCCCAUGCUGUGCUUCAGAGUGGCGUUCCCAAUGCCAUUUGGCCCUGGAAGACCCCCCAAGAGGCCCAGAGAGAUGCAAUAAUGGUCAGCAAGGAAGUGGGAUGUGCUGAAGAUGAUCACAGUGCUGUGGUGAGCUGCCUAGAGAAGAUAGACAUUGGGCACAAGAACUUUUCUCUUCUGACCACCAUCAACUCAUUAACCACAGAUGGUGAUUUCCUCCCAGAUGAAGUCCCAAAGCUGCUGGAGACCGCAAUUCUUCAGGGAAAACCAAUUCUUACUGGUAUCACAGCUGAUGAAGGGUCUAGUUUUGUACUGCUUAUGUAUUCGAGUACAAAAACAAAUGGUGGGAUAUUAACGUGGCAGCAGUUUCUCUAUGGCGUGAUGGGAACUAUGCAAAGGGGAACCAAAAACGAUGUUGCAGAGUCCGUAGCCCUGAAAUUCAGUGAAGUUAGUCACGGGCCAUACCAAUACCGUUUGGCAUUUUCUCAGUAUUUUCGAGAUUAUUUCUUUGUGUGUCCCUUGGCUGAAUUUGCUGCAAAGAUCAGAAAAGCUGGGAAGCCAGUAUAUGUAUAUUCCUUCAGUCACCACCCUUCUGGCUCUGUAUGGCCUGAAUGGGUAGGGACACCCCAUGGAGCAGAGAUACCUUAUGUGUUUGGGACCAUGGUGUCAGCUUUACAAACAAACCGAUCGAUCACAGAGGCUGAGGAAGCACUGAGCCGCCAGAUGAUGAGAUUCUGGGCAGAGUUUGCCAGAAGUGGGAAUCCAACGAGGUCGAGGUCAGAUGAGGUGCGAUGGCCACUGUACAAUGCCACAGAGCAGAACUUCUUUCACAUCAGCACAGGAGCACCCCAGCUCAAACAGCUAUCCCCUGCCCCACUCUGUGAUUUCCUGGCUACGCUUCCUGUGAAUGCCACACAGUCAGAGAAAUCCUCAGAACACACGGACUCGUGAAUUGGGGAGGGAAAGAAGUGAAGAGUCAAACCAAGAAGAUGGAAAGUGGAAUGUGAAAGAAAGAAUACAAGUUGAAUCAAGAUAUGAGCGCGAUUUAGCUGUCCUAUGGAAAGGGCUAAAAUCCUAUGAAGGACAGGGGGGUAAUUGGCCAGCUUGAGUUCAACAGGAACCCCUGAGUGAACCCAGUUUGCAAUGGUGGUGGGUGUCUGUCAGUCCCCCUCUUAGCACCCCAGCACAUGCCACGCCAGCUCCACCUUAGACUGUGUGUCUUUAGUGGCAUAGUCUGAGGGGGAUAGGCUAGCUGUAUUUAGCUAAGGGUGCAACUACAUUCAUGUAAUUUUAGAGGAAUAGUCACUGGGCUUUGGGCAUCUUAAAGAAUAGCUCAUAUAUUCUUUCUUUAUUCGUUCAAUCGUGUCUGAUUCUUGGAGACUGCCUGGACAAGUCCCUGCAGUUUUCUUGGCAAGGUUUUUCAUAAGUGGCUUGCCAUUGCCUCCUUCCUAGGGCUGAGAGGGAGGGACUGGCCCAAGGUCACCCAGCUGGCUUUGUACCUAAGGCGGAACUAAAACUCAGUCUCCUGGUUUCUAGCCUGGUGCCUUAACCCAGUGUUUCUCGACCUUGCCAACUUUAAGAAGCCAAGUUCCUGUCUGUUGCUUCCCUGCAAGCCAAAGAUCCAGAAAGUCACGACAGCUGGAUGUCCCAUAUGAAUGUGCCAUUGGUCAAAGCCUGUAGAGCAGUGUUUCUCAGCCUUGGCAACUUUAAGAUGGGUGGACUUCAACUCCCAGAAUUCUGAGAGUUGCAUUCCACGCAUCUUAAAGUUGCUAAGGCUGAGAAACACUGCCUUAACCAUUACACCAAACUGGCUCUCAACUGGCUUUUUUUAUAUGAAGGGAAAUCCUAAUUAAUCAGGAUUCCCAUCUCCUGAAAGGGAUCUUAUGCUAUAUAUGUAUACAGCCUCUUUAGAGUGAGGCCAAUUAAAAAUGGGAGGCAGAUGGGGAGUGUGAGUUUGGUUUUCACCAGCAGAGUAUAAGUAUGGCUAGCUUGUGCUUUUGGGGCAGCUUCACAUCUAAAUCACAUGGGAAGGAAACACAUAAUAGCUCUAAAGCUGUGGGCCACUGUUAUGAAUGCCAUUGCACCCUAGAGCUCAGCUGGACAAUCCCAUUUCCCCAUCAUCUCCCUUACAUCUUAAUGCUUUCCAUAUCAUCCUCAUCCUCAUCAUCGUCACCAACGAUAACAAAAGUGCAUGCUAAAAUUAAAAUUAAAUAAGCUGCAUAUCAAUCUUUUUUUCUGUGAAAUCUUUUUAAAACUAUAUAGAAAUCAAAAGAUUUAUUAGUAACCUGUUAAUUAUAAUGUAAUAACCACAAAUACACAUUACUUUCCAUACUAUAAUUUAUCUCUCAAUAGUUAAUAGGGGCCCAUUCCGCUAUCAAUCUGGAAAGUUUUGUCUAUUAUCUCUUCGCUGGCUCUGUGAUGUUUAAAAAUUGUAUUAACUACCACAUCUUACCUAUUCAUAUAUCUUUGCAAAAUGCAACUUUGUCCAGAUUCCUAAUUGAAGUAAAUGAAAGAUCCUUAGUCAUUUUAUCUAUGGAACAUUUAUUGGUAGUCAAAUGCUUGCCUUUUUGCAAUGAAACUCAAGUUAAUGUCUAGCUUUUCUCCCUGAAGGAAUCUUAAUGUGACUGACUUAAGACAAAUUACUGGAAAAUUUGAACUAUAAUCCACCAUGACACGUACAGGCACCAACAGACCGGUCUUGGCACCCAUCUAACUUUUCUACAUUACCAACAAAAUAAUUUUAAGACUAAAAACCUGCUAAGCAAAGUGCCACCUCUGAAUAUUGAUUUUAUUUAUCAAGAAGAGGUCCCAAAACAAAUAUAGUAAGUGGUUGUAGCCCAAGAUAAUUUUUUGGAAGUACUGCAGAAAAGGAAGAAAGUCCAAGAUAAACAGGAAACUUCUGAAUAUAUUGGUGCUUAGUGAUUGGCUAUGACUUCAUUGACACUAUUUUUAUAAGUGGGAAUCUGUUCUCCAAAACUGACAUUGGGUAAGAGUAACUA